AAGAUGGACGCCAGGAACCUGGCUGUCUGCAUCUCGCCCAACCUGCUCCCCGUUGAGCCCCUGUCCCUGGACAAGGUGGAGAAGGUCACGGCCCUGACGCAGUUCCUCAUCGAGAACUGCAGCGAAAUAUUAGGCGACGGCCUGCAGACUCUUGCCGUGGACCCUGCCGAGGAGGACCGGCUCGCUGACAGCACAGACUCCCUGUCGUCACAUGGGCAGGACUCGGCCUAUAACAGCGCAGACCCGGAGGCGGAAGCGGACCCGGCAGCAGACAGACCGCCGUCACCCGUGGCCGCGGCCACGCCUUCCCGCCGCCCGGGCCAGCCCGUGGGCAUGCGCAAGCUGCUGUCGCGCGCCCAGGGCGACGAGGGGGACCGCCUGGUCCAGCCGCUCGCCAAGCAGGCCUCGCACGACUCCUUCCUGCUGCCCAGCCGCGUGCGCCUCUGCCAUCUCCCCCAGUACCUGGAUCCCGCCAUGCUCCACUCGGCCAGCAUGGACACGCUGCUGUCGCUCGCCCGGGGCAACGAGGGGGACCGCCUGGUCCAGCCGCUCGCCAAGCAGGCCUCAUACGACUCCUUCCUGUGUCCACCUGGGGGUCAGUAA